CCAAGGCUACCGUACAGCCUCUUGCUGCAUAUACCUAGACGAAGCUGCCGCCUGUGGAUCUCUCUCUCUCUCUCUCCCCUCCAGGAUACAAACAAAAGAAAACCCUUCAGACUUUUUAAUUCCUCUAUUUCUCCCACAAACACACAUUCUCAGAUUCUGCCUUUCCUACCCUCACACACGUCCUCUGCCUCUCGCUGUCAGUCUGUCUCCUUCUUACAUGCAAACACGCUCCCUCUUCUCCCAGACAGAGGAGCAGUAAAGGGAUUGCCGUGGUUCUUGGUGUUUGGCUCCUGGUCUUUGGCUCAACGGGAGCAGAGCAGCAGAUGGCGAUGUGAAGACGGGCUCAGCCAGAUUUGACUCUGCCACACAAUGGCUGACAAUGGCUGGUUGCCACGGGAUACAGGAUUUAUCUUGAUCAUGUGAUCUGACUCCCACCAGUUCCCUGCCAUCUAUCAUAGGAGUAUCAUGACCCGCCGGCUGAGCAGCUCCACCCGUUCCCACACUGAGGACUCCAUCUUCCUGAGGCCCGACGAGGACCCCGUCUGGCUAGAUGAGCCCACAAAGACUGAUAAAAUAGGCGACAGAGCCCUUAAAAAAGACAGGCUCCCAAAGUGCAAAGAUGGACCUGCAGGGGGCCAAAGCCCGCAGGGAGAGGAAGUGUUCAUGCACAAGGUGUAUGCGCUCGUGAUUGAGAUCUACUGCUGGGCUGCACUGUUCGCCAUCUCCCAAGUCACGGGGUACUGGGUGUUUUUUGUGGUGGAAGGAAAUGGACCUCUCUCUUCCAUCUACAAAGCCCUGCAGGUCAUUGACUUCUACCUUGGCUUCAUCUUACCCUGCCACCCGAUUUUUGGAAUGGACUCCAUAGUGUUGAUGAGGGAGGUUGUGAACACCGAAGAGCACAACUGGAUUGUCUAUGGAACUGCAGGCAUUGGCGUGGCCAUCUGUGCUAUCAUGGUUGUCCACAUGGUGUGUAAGUGGCGUUACGGCACUGGCUUGUGGUCGUCAGGAACUGUGUCGCGGGACAUUGGUGAUCGCCGUCAGUCUGUGAGCCGCCAGCCCUCCUUCACCCUGUCAGAGUGGACAGACGCUCAGGAGGAUCUGCUGGAUAUGGAACCUGAGCCCCAGACACCGGUCUUUGAAAUAGGCACCGACACCAGGAUGGAGGGAGAUGCCGCCACCCUCACCGUCACACCAGUGGGGCUUCAGGAGAGGAGGGGCUCCAACGUUUCCCUGACCUUGGACAUGUGUUCACCGGGCUGCACUGAGCCCUACGGCUACGGAGGACAGCUCUCCCCCAGAGACCAGACGGCCAAGGAGUACCUCCGACAGGGAACAAACACCCUGACCCCUGCCAUGCUACACACACGGGCCAUAGAUGACCAAAGCCUGCAGGCUGAGUUUUAUGAAACUCCUAUGAACUUUGUGGACCCUAAGGAGUACAACUACCCAGGGCUGGUGAGAAAGAACCGCUACAAAACCAUCUUACCCAACACACACAGCAGAGUGAUCUUGAAGUCACAGGAUGAAGACGAUUUCCUCACUACUUACAUCAAUGCUAAUUAUCUCAAAGGUUAUGGGGAUGAGGAGUGUGCCUACAUUGCCACCCAGGGUCCCACCGUGAACACAGUGGGGGACUUCUGGAGGAUGGUGUGGCAGGAGAGAAGCCCAAUCAUAGUGAUGAUCACCAACCUGGAGGAGAAAAACGAGAAAUGUGCAGAGUACUGGCCUGAGGACACUGUGACCCAUGAGGGCAUCGAGAUCACUGUCGUCACAGUAACCCAGGAGGAUGACUACAGUCUGAGGGUGUUUACUUUAAAGUGUGGGGGAGAGGAGCGCAGUCUGCAGCAGUACUGGUACACCUCGUGGCCUGAUCAGAAGACACCAGACAAGGCUCCACCUCUUCUGGAACUGGUGCAGGAAGUGGAAAGGGCCCGAGAGGAAGCCCCGCCCUCCAGUGGCCCUAUAAUUGUCCACUGCAGUGCUGGAAUAGGUCGAACUGGCUGCUUCAUCGCCACCUCCAUCCUGUGCAAGCAGCUGAGGACUGAGGGUGUGGUUGACAUCCUGAGAACCACCUGCCAGCUCCGUCUGGACAGGGGUGGGAUGAUCCAGACAUGCGAGCAGUACCAGUUUGUGCAUCACGUCCUCAGCCUGUAUGAGAAGCAGCUGCCUCACGCUACUGAGGAGUAGAGUGAGCGCUACAGCCACACCCAGACCGAGACACACCACUGUACACUGUACCGCCUCCGGUGGUAUGCACCACUGUACCUAGCAUCAUCUCAAUCUCACCCUUUAACAAGUUCCAACCCUGUAGAUCCCUUCACCCAAGACAGGCUCGUUCAGACAGGACUGAAUGGUUGACACACAAUAUGUGCGUACUGUGUGUCCAUGAGCAGAACAAACACAGAGAUCAAAUCCUAAUCAGACACUUAAGUGAUCCACACAGUCCUGGGGAGUCAUAACAGUUAGGCCCCAAAAUAAUCCAAGCCAACUCCUGACAUCCUUUCAUUUGCACUGUUUAAAACAAAAAAUCAUAUUACUGUUAAUGAGUCUCAGUCAUCAAGGCCUCAUUUAGUAUGUAGCCCCCUCACAUACUGUAUGUACAGUUAUCAAAAGGUUAAACUGGAGCUGAAGUAUAAUCAGUUCACCUGCAGCGGUGUCACUUUGCAAGGAGGAAAUUGAUGUUCCGUCUCCCAAAGUUAGUGUCAAUGAUAAGGGCCCAUGCAGUAUAGGUGCCAGCAUAAUUCAAAUCUACAGAGAAAUGAUCAAAUGCCAGCCUAUUAUUAAACACCAUAUAAAUGUAAAAUUUCACAUGAAAUUUAAGUUAACUUACAACUUUUCUCAUUGACUCUCACUUUUAAUGUAAAAAACAACAAUAAAAAAACAUGAUAGAAGGCCUGUUUCAACUUCUGAUGCAUUCAGGAGCCACCCCAUCUUCAGGUUGCAUGGUGCUAAGUGUUCAUUAAAGGCAUGUGCAAUGUUAUGGAACAUAGGAAUGUAUAACAAUUAGGUUCUUAAUUAAAUAAUUAGGAUUUCUGUGCAAUCUACAGUAUUACAGUUUGACCAUGCUGCCUGUGCAGUCCUCAUGGCCCAUGAUGUUUACAGUAAACAACUCCUGCAUUAAGGCCACAUAGACGUACAGUCAGAGGCGUCACAGAGCCGGAGACACCGAGGGGACAGAGGCCAGAGAUAGAAUCAGAACAUCUGAAAAAUCAAUGCAAAAGCCCAGAAAAAGCUCCGGGGAAUCUGACAUGUACACACAGCGAAGUGUAACGCACAGGAAAGCAAAAAGUUGCAUUAAGAAAAUGAAAUGCAUGUAUUGAUGACCUUUGGUCACAUAAAGCUAAUGUUCUUGCAAAUGUCAUAUUCCCAUCAUUAUCGCCCUCAGAGUCACGUGCUCCGUGAUGCCUCUGCUUUCAACAGUAGCUUGAACACAUCCGUGAAGUAAGAAGCCCAUGAUUGUUGUAUAGACAGGCCAGACCUAAUCUGUAUGAAGCACAAUAGACCAACUAAGGUUGUCUCUGAUGUUUAGCUGUAAAAGUUCUUUUUUUUCCGUAUUGUGUUUUGAUUGUGUUGAGUUUAAUGGAUUGCAUGUGCUGUAUGGGACUCCAUAGGUCCACAAUCAAAGCGACGUGAUUGGUUGUCCUGCUUUUUGUUGUGUAAAAGGGUUUAAGCCUAUUAUAUUGCUUGCUCUCGGCCAAUGCUUUUGAUACAGUUUGCUUUUGUGACACCAACCAGAGAUAUUUUUAGAACAUUUUGAUACAAUCCUUUCGAGUAGAUGCCUUGUGUAUAUUUCCGUUUACACCAUGAUGGAAUGUAGCUCAUACUGUGGAUCAAACCAUCGGUUUAUAUUGCAAGAUUUGACAGAACAAAAUGUGACAACUACCUAAGUUACCUUACGGUGAAGAAAAUAAAUAGAUUAUGUUCAGUCUUCAGUAUUAUUACUUUAUGCCUCUAGGCUUUGCUUUAAUAUGCUUUGCUUUCCGUGUAUGUUUUUAUUGUUUUUCUUAGAGAAUUUUACCUCAGACUGAGUUUUUAUGCAGUCCCCACUCGAUUCCAUCUGUGACUCUAGGCCACUCUCAGUUGACAACACGAGAAAUAAUCGCUAUGUGUAAGGCAGCUAAAACAGUGAAGACAGUUUUCUAACAAAAAUCUGAUUAAAACAACUUCUAUCUUGACUUAAUGCAUCAAAUCAACAGUCGUGAACAUUAUCAGAGGAUGGAGUUAACUGUGUGGCAGACAUCGAAUAAACUAGCAAAUUAAACUGCCAAAAUUACGUUUUACCGGAAAAUAAGACUGGGAUGGAUAAGAAAAGCUACAAUUUUUUGUUAGACUUUUGACAUAAUCCUCUGAUAAUGUCCAGUGUACUCGAUUGAAAAGCUAUUAUUUUGAGUGCUUAUUUUCUAUGCUUACCUACCUGGUCCUCCUCCGGUGAUCAAAAUGGGGAUGAGGAAAUAGCCAAACAAUCAGGCAUACAACCAACCAGCAAUCAGUAUUCCUCUUCCCUGCUACAGUAUCGCUUUAAGUUGUGAGUUUUUGCAUCCAAAUAAAGGUAGAUUUUCAUGAA